AUGGCAGUGCUGAGGCUUAAAUUUUAUUUGUUAUUUCUUUUAGAGAGUAUUUUAGCGAAGAAACAACGAUAUAACACGUAUAAGGAAUCCGUGUCUCGCGUUACUCCGUAUAAUCCAGAAGUGAUCGACAAGACAUGCCUCUUAAAGCCAGAUAUUGGUCCUUGUAGAGGCGAUAUCCUGAUGUACUUCUAUGAUCCUUCCACCAAAGACUGUUCGAAGUUCUUCUGGGGCGGUUGCCAAGGCAACGGGAAUAGAUUCAAUAGUCGCUCUGAGUGUCUACAGGCCUGCUUGAGUGAACCAAAUGGGAGACGUCAACGACCCCGCUGGUGCAGUUUAACCUUUGAUUAUGGUUACUGUUUCGGGUCCCUCACAGUGUGGUACUACGAUCCUCUGUGGCAAGUCUGUAAGGAGAGAAUCUAUUCGGGAUGUGGCGGGAAUAAAAACAACUUUUAUAAUAAAGAGCAGUGUGAAUCCAUCUGCAAUUUCAAUACUGGAAUUAUCAAGUGGGCGACCAAAGGCCCCGACAAACUUAAAAAGGUCAUGAUUAUCAAUCCUAUCGGAGCCACAUCGAAAAGGGGCAAGCAUCAAGUGUCGACGACUAAAGUCAUCAAUUCUAAUAAACCUAAUUUGACAAUAAAACAUACUUGA